AUGUCGUUGUUAGCAGAAAAUAUAUUCGAAGUGUACCACAUCCUUAGCACAAAGGAAAAAGACACAAUUCCUAUAGACAAAUCUACUUUGAAUCAAAUCCAGCACGCUGCAUUAUCAGCCGUGAGGAACCUGAGCGUUCCAGUGGUCAAUAAGAGACUGGCCUCUGCCCAAGGAAAGGCUGCUCCGUUGCUUUUGAAGGCUCUGCCCAGUGUCGAGGAUCAUCAUGUGGCCUAUAAACUCAUGGCUGCUUUGAGGAUGCUGGUAGACGGACAAGAACAGGGGCAAACGGGCAGGAGGCUCAUCUGA